CACUGUGAAAGCUAAGUGUGUUGUGUGAUUCUGCUUUGGGGAUGUUUUGCUCAAAAUAUGAGUUUUAUGGGGAUUUGAAAAGUUUUGUUUGUGAUGUGAAGUCUGGGGAUGUCCGUUAAUUUGCUGGCGCCUGUCAGGAGUUCAUAUGCUUACGUGUUUCGCCGUUUGGAUGUAAAUAUGAUCUCGCCAUAUUUCACUGAUUCAGCAGAAACUUCUUCAGAGGACACUAUAAAGAAAAUAAAUACAGGAGGUAUUCGUAGACUAAGAUCAAGAGUGCUGAAAUCGGAAGAUGCUGCAGUGAGAGUGAAAGAAGAGAUGCACGAGCACAGUGUUUCACGUGCACUGCUGCAGGCACAUGCGCAAACUUCUGCAGACCCUCUAUCAGAUUGCCAUAAAACUACCACCAAGGUGAAGGUGGAGUCAAAUGAAAAUAAUUCCCCUUUGAGGUCACCUAGGAAGCUGAGACGGGGUCAGGUGAAAGUGGAAUAUGAGGAGGAAGAGGUGGGAUUGAAAAAGGAACGCUGGGAGCCAGGUGAUUGGAGAACACAGCUGUCAUUUAUAAGAGAGAUGAGGAGUAAACGGGACGCUCCGGUGGAUCAGAUGGGAGCUGAGAAAUGCUAUGACACAGAAGCCCCACCUGAGGUUCGUCGGUACCAGGUCUUAAUCUCUUUAAUGUUGUCCAGUCAGACUAAAGAUCAAGUGACAGCUUCUGCCAUGCAGAGAUUACGUGAGUGUGACCUAAAUGUAAACACAAUCCUCAACAUGGACGAUGAGACCCUGGGCAAACUCAUAUAUCCAGUGGGAUUUUGGAGGACAAAGGUAAAGUACAUCAAACAGGCCACGGCUCUGAUCCAACAGGAGUUUGGUGGUGACAUUCCUAACACAGUGGAGGGGCUGAUGCGCCUGCCUGGCGUCGGACCCAAGAUGGCUCACCUGGCUAUGGACAUCGCCUGGAAGCAUGUGUCAGGGAUUGGUGUGGACACCCACGUCCACCGAAUCUCAAACAGGCUCGGAUGGACCAAGAAGGAAACCAAGACGCCGGAGGAGACACGGAGAGCGCUCGAGGAGUGGUUACCACGAGACCUGUGGAGCGAGAUAAACUGGCUGCUGGUUGGUUUUGGGCAGCAGGUGUGUUUACCCGUUGGACCCCUGUGCUCUAUGUGUCUAAAUCAGUACACAUGUCCAUCCGCGCACCGUUCCUCACCAAGCAAGAUCAAAUCAGGCCACCUAAAAUCCCCAGGUGACCCUCAUAACAGUCCCAGGAAUAAACUAGGAUCUCCAACACCAAAGGUUAAAGAGGAGGUAUCAGAGGUGCCUCCUUCUUGUUCCACCUUUCAGAUGACGAAAACAUCUCAACAGGAUGUUUCAGCAAAAGAGCCACAAACUAAAUCUGGUCUAUCAUCAAUUUCUACUGCUAAACAGGGGAUUGAAGUGAAAACAGAGACCGCAGAAGAAGAUGAAGUCCCAUCUCUCCCAAGCAAGAGGAACAGGAGGAAGAGGCAGACAAAAUGACAUUAAAAUCUUAGAUUUAACAAAAAAAUUAUCAUUGCUUAGAAUUGGAUAUUAA